AUGGUACGUACGAGAACCGGUUUGUUUUUGUCUAAGCGAAGUAAUUCUCAAUCAACAUCUGAUCAGAAAGAAGAAGAACACGAAAUUCAAUCAAGUAUGUCGAACAUAAACACUAAUAAGGCUGAUCUUUAUAUUACUAACACAACAUGUUCACCACCCAAACCGGAAUCAUCAACAACCAAGAUCACCUCUUCAUCAUUCAUUUCCACCGAUACAACCGAAGCCACAAUGACUGUAUUACCAGAAAUUAUUAAUCAAGCAUCAGUUAACAACACAUCGAAUAUCAACGAAGAUAAAGAACUAGCUCGCAUUUCAUAUUAUAAUGGAACAACAAACAUAUAUUCUUGGCUAACAGCUAUCAAAAGUGUAUUUAUUGAUUUGAAAUAUGAUGAAACUAUGUGGGCGAACAAAGCCAAAUAUUAUUUGCUCGAUCUUGCUGCUCAAUUUGUUUAUAUUAAUGAUGAUCGAAUGAUCACUUGGAAAAGUUUUCAGCACCUAAUGAUAAACCAAUAUCAAUCAACAACUACAUCCGAUCACAACGAUUCUCUCCUUGGUACAUCGACUAAUUUUAAUAUAAUACCACAACGAGAUACAGCUUAUAUAUCGGACACUUUAGCCGUUAAAGCACAUCAUGCUUUGGUACUAGAAGAUUUAAAAACAUUACCAAAAUUUUCAGGUGAAGAACCACAAUCUAUUCAUUCAUGGUUAGAAGAAAUCGAACUCAUAUAUGAUAAAGCAUAUAUUACGGAUAUUGAUAAAUGCUAUCGCACACUAAAAUUAUUGUCUAAUAUUGAUGAUAAAUGGGUGGAAUUUAUUCGACGUCAAAAGUUAGAUUGGAAUGAAUUUAAAUAUAAAUUAAUUAGCCGAUUUGAAGGAAAGAAAGAACAAACACGCAUCGAAUUAGAAGAUGCUAUUCGACAUCGUUAUUAUUAUGACAAUGAACCUAUGCAUCACUAUUACUCUGAUAUUAUGAGGAAAUGUGAUUUAUUAGAGGAAGAAUAUCCGGUUUCAGAUUCACAUCGUAUUGAUUAUAUUAUCCGUGGUCUACCUGAUAGCAUUCAAGAUCAAUUAUUAAUUAGAGAAUAUUCCACACCUAAAGAAUUAUUAGCUGUAUUACAGAAAAUUGAAGAACGUCGGAAGCGAACACAUUUUGAACAACAUGUAACUAGUAUUGAUGAAAAUAUCGCAUCAUCCACAACCAGAACAACACCAGCAUUACCUGCAGCAUCUUACAGAACCAAUAGUUCUCAAUCAAACUCAUCCAUCACUCAACAACCCAACCGAUACAGUAAUAAUAUAUUUUAUAACGAUCAACCACAACAUUAUCGCUCAUCAUCAUAUCAAACACCAACUUAUAAUCAACCACGAAUGCAACAACAUCGACUGAUUCAAUGUUAUAACUGUGGCAAACUUGGGCAUAAAGCUCCCGACUGUUUUAAAGCUAAACAACAUUUAAACUAG